AUGUACCCCGCCUGCAACAAAUAUUCAUCCCACAAACCACAGGGAAAACCCGUCCUUUCAACCACCCACGACACUCAACAAACCACCGAUAUGUCGUCGACCAACCAAGAUGCAGCCUCGCUGCAAUACACUUGCAACACCUGUCUCGUUGCUUUCCACCGAAGUGAAGCGCAGAGAGAUCACAUGCGCAAAGACUGGCAUCUAUACAACAUGAAGCGUCGCAUCGCUUCUCUGCCUCCCGUUACACUUGAAACGUUCAACGAAAAGGUUCUUGCCGCCAAAGCUACAUCGAAUGAAGCCGCUGCCAAAGCUUCGUACGAGAAGACCUGUCACACAUGCAGCAAGGCAUUCUACAGCGAAAACUCUUAUCAGAACCACCUCAACAGUUCGAAGCAUAAGCAACGUGCGGCUCGUCUCCGUAAGGAUGGCGAUGCUGCCUCCGUUCAGAGCUCUGCUUUCUCUUUGGGAGAACCCGUGACCAAGUCCGACAAUGACGUAUCUAAAGUCGCGGACGACCUCAAGUCUGCUACCAUUGAAGAGCAAGAUGAAGAAAUGGAGGAUGAGACCAAGGAGGAUGGCUUCUCGGCAUCUCUUUGCCUUUUCUGCAAGGUUGAUUCAACCGAUAGUCACACCAACGUGGACCACAUGCGCAAAGAACACGGAAUGUUUAUCCCGGAACAGAAAUAUCUGGCGGAUCUCGACGGCUUGUUGAACUAUCUCUACAGCAAGAUCACAGAAAACUUCGAAUGCCUUUACUGCCACACCCUGAAAAACGACGCACAUGCCAUCGUCACCCACAUGCGUGACAAGAGCCACUGCAUGAUCGCUUUUGAAACCGAAGACGAGCAGGUUGAAAUCGGCCAAUUUUACGACUUCCGGAGCACCUACUCCGAGGACGAGGAUGAGUCCACUGCUGAGAGCGGUGGCGUCAAGGUGAACGGUGAUGGAGAAGACCAGGGUUGGGAGACCGAUGAUUCUGCAUCUUCUGUUGAUGAAGACGAUCUUGACUUCUACCGAAAAGGAUCAAGGGCCUACGAGGCAGAUUAUGAGCUUCACCUUCCAUCCGGAAAGAGCGUCGGUCACCGUUCUCUUGCCAAAUACUACAAACAAAACCUCAACAAGUACCCGACAGCAUUGGAACGAGCUGCCCGCCAGCUUGCUAUUGAGAAUGGAGAAAUCGAGGACGACCAGCCUCGCGUCCGCCCCAAUCACCACCGCGAUCUUACCACUCGUGCCAACGGCGGCAUGGGCAUGAUUGGAGUUACGGAAGAACAAAAGGCUGCCGCUCUCACAGCCGAGCGCCGCGAGAGAACUCGUGCACUUCGCCAAGAGAAUCGCUACAUUGCCCGUGUUCAAAAAGCCAACAAUUCCCAGAAGCACUUCCGGGAUCCCCUUCUGCAAUGA